AUGGCGUUGGCAGAGAAACGAAGACAUCCUCACUAUUGGCAUAUGGCUGACGGUGGUAGUCCGCACUUGGACAACGCGAAACCACACUGCAUUUCGACCCCUCGUGUGACAAAGUCAUCACAAGCACCAAUCGAUGGUUGUGAACCAUCGACCACUCCUGCAGGGGACAGAUCAUCUGGAAGUUUGAGACAGACAACUCUCUGUUUCUCUUUCAUACAGUCGAAGGAUGACGACGAAGUUACUGUUCCAAUGAGGGACGAAGACACUCAGGAUAACGUUGAGAAAUCCGAGGAGAAACCCUUUCAGAAGUCAAAGAAAAAAACUACAACUCAUGGUGCGGUCAUUCCAAGAGACAUUUCGGAACAAGACGUGAGCACCAUUUCAUCACCAGAUAUUAGACUUCGGCGUGAUACGAAGCAAACACUUUUGCCUACCAAGUUAACCUCUUCCCGACAGAACGGGGCUGCGGAAAUUCGUGUUCAGAAAUCUAGUCGCGUUCGCAGUGUCGAUGCCCGCCCUUGUCCUAAUUCAACACGUCAACUGCCCCGUACAAAGGCUGCUUCUGUUAGUCCCAAAAAGAAUCUUCCUGUGGAAAAAAUAGCUGAUACACAACGACGCACCAGCGCUGAGAAGCGUCAAACAAAACUGACCGCGUAUGGUAUUCGGCGAACUGCUCGGCAGUAUGAGAAAGAUAAGGAACGUGAACGCGAGAUUAACGUUUUGACUUCGAUACGAGAUGAGGUCGAAAGUGGGAUGAAAAUCAUCAUCACCGAGGAGAAAGGACGCGGCAUUGUCGCCACUCGCGUCUUCCAAGAAGGUGAGUUCGUAGUGGAGUACGCGGGAGAUUUGAUUCCUGAAAAAAUCGCCAAGAAACGAGAAAUGGAGUACAAACGCGAUCCGUCGAUUGGCUCUUACAUGUUUUACUUUGUUCACAACGGUCAAAGAUAUUGCGUUGAUGCAACUCAAGAGACUCCUCGUCUUGGCCGUCUGAUCAAUCACAGCAGACUACAUCCAAACUGUCAUGUCAAGGUCAUCCCACUUGAUGGUAUUCCACGACUGGUCCUGUUCGCAAAACAGAUGAUCCUUCCUGGCGAAGAACUCUUGUACGAUUAUGGUGACCGUGACAAGGAGACUUUGGAAGCUCAUCCAUGGCUGAAGACCUGACACCUUACCCUAUCAGCCCAUCCAGAUUCCCCUCCCCCUAUAGUUUUCUAUGCAAUUAUCUCACCCUUCUGUCGAUCCACUGCAUUUACUGACCACAUAUGUGUAUUGUCUGUUAAUCUUUAGGAUUAUUGUCCGUUUUUCGUUAUUCGGAUGUCUAUUUGGUGCUUUCGUGUCUUCGUAAUGGCUUCUGUCACAUCUAUUCGCAACAAGAUCUGUAUCCUCCGGUAGGUUUCCGGAGAAAGUGAUUCAUCGCUCUGGGAUUGCACAUUUGCCAACUGGUAGUUUUUCAUCGUGAAUCUGUGGUGCCGUUUGAAGGUUCAAGAACUAUAAUUGUACUUAGGUGAAGCCAAAUGUUA